CAGCAUACUUUCUUUACUCUCCACUCCCUACUCUGCUCUUACCAUUUCCUGUACGCCUGUUAUUUCUUGGUUUUCCUCCAUCCCUUUUUUAUCUUUUCCCUCUACUUUUCUUAUCUUUUCAUCUCGUGUUGAGUUUCUCAUUUAAAGACAACCAGGACGAUGCCAGCACACUCCUCUACACAGGCGAUCUGCACCCGAAUUCUAAUUCGUACUCGAUCAAGGACAGCGCUUGCAAGGCGCCACCAGUCGACCUUCAGUUUCUUUUCUCGCAACAGAGAUACAACACCCUUGCCUGGCAUUCCGACCCCUUCGAACACAGCUAUCGAAACGAAAGGAACCAGCACUACGGUAUCGUCAGCAGCUUCCUCCGCCCACUCCAAUGAUCUCAAGACCUCGCCUUCGUUUGCGAACGCCGCUCCACUCUUGGCCGCGAUCCAGAAUAAGGACCAAGAUACAGCAUGGAUGGUUUAUUCUGUGCUCAGCCGUGCGGGUCAAUUGUCGUCUUUGCUUCCAAUACACCACUCUCUUUUCCUCCGCAGCAUUCGACCCGACAACCCCAACCGCUAUGGAUUCCAGGAGAUUGCCAAACUGACGGAGCGGUUUGAACAGGUCUGGGCAGGGAUGCGAGAAUGCCAUAUCCAACCAAACAUGAACGAUUACACCGCCAGACUCGAGUUUUCUGUCGCGACACGACAGUAUCAGAUGGUGGAUUUGACCUGGACGGAGAUGCGGGAGAAGGCAGGAUCGUCGUUGGUCAUGGAUAGGGGACGAGCAACUGCUGCUGUUGGCACUCAUGGGCCGUCGGUUCAGCCGACGCUGCAUACCUACAAUUUGAUCCUGCAGUCGUGUGUGCCACGGAAGAAUAUUGGAUUGGCCAUGGAGACGAUUACGCUGAUGAGGCGUGCGGGGAUCAAGCCCGACAACAUGAGCUGGGAUUAUGUGCUGCAGAUCCAUACGAAGAUGAAGAACUGGGGGGCAGUCGAGUCGACUUUCCGAUCGGCGUUCAUAACACCGGCGGUUGGCAGCUCAGGAGGUCAGCUGCAGCAGUAUAUUCAACAAAACGGAUCAGCUUCUUCGUCGUCAGAGUGGAUGACGAUCCCAUUGGGUCAACGCGCGAAGUCAUUACAUGGAGGCGUACUUUCUUUAAACAACAAUCAUGGCAACAACAGCAACAGGGAAAAAUUAGUACCGACGCUGCAGAAUGUCCACACGCUAUUUUCGUUUUACGCAUAUACCCAGGACCUCGAGGAUUUGCGGCACAUGUUUGACAGCCAUGUGCGAUUGUUUGGACUGGUGCCGACGACGAGGUCCUACAAUGAGAUGAUCAAGUUUGCGUUCUUGGCACGACGGGAUAGUGAUGGGCUGGAAUUGUUCAAGGAACUGGCGCAGAUUGGUCAGAAUCUGGACAAGAUGCAGCACAGCAACAGCAGCAGCAAUGAGGAUGGACAGCAACAGACUAGAGGUCAUGCGGACCCAGCACAGGCGUCAUUGCCGGUUAUGCAGGUUUGUGGACCGGAUUUCGACACGUUCCAGAUUUUGAUCAAGAAUGAGCUGAUCGAUGCUAGGAACCGAUGGGGCCGCGCAUGGAAAUGGAUCCAGGUAAUGCAGGAGGCGUAUGGACUUGAGCCGAGUGAUAAGAUGUUCAAGAGGACACUUGCGGCAAUGAAACGGCGUCAAGGCUCGCCUCGCUGUGCCGAUGAGGCUACGGUGCAGGCGCUGCAAGCCAAUUGGGACCAGGUUCGCGCUCGUCGUGAGAGCAAAGCCGUUAUCAACGGUGGUGAUGGUGGUGGUGGUGGUGGCGGCGCAGGAGGUUUUAGCGAGGCUGCAGAGGAGGAUGACCAGGAGCUGGCGCAAGUAACCAGCAGCUCGUAGAUUAAAAUAAAACAAAAUAAAAUAAUAGAUG